GUGUAUAUCACAUCGUGUCGUUUGCGGUGCAUGGACUAGAUUUCCUGAUUUUACGUUAAUAUAUAUAUAUAUAUAUAUAUAUAUGUAUAUAUAUAUUUAAAAACAUUUUUUUUUACAAAGAGAGCAUUUUGAGCAGACACCAAGGGGAGGAAGGAGAGAAGAUGUGGGACAAGAAGCAAGCGUCCCUCGCACUUGUGACCAUGGUGGUGGUCUGCGGCGCGGUGAGUGCAGCGAAACAACUAAACAUGGCCCCGGAUGCUGUGGACGACCUCUACCAAGGGUGCAGGGACGAGGUCAUGGAGCGCCUGAUCCACUCAGAGGUGCUGGGAAAAGAGCUGAGCGGCAACCCGGGCCUCAAGGCAGCGUGGAGCGACAAAUGCUCCACGCUCCUCCCGGGCGGUGUGAAGGAACAUACCGCCGCUCUCCUGGCCUACGGCAACGGGAUCGCCUUCAGGAAGGCCUUCAACGACGAAGUGGAGACCACGGGAGCCAACGCCAGCACCUACGAGCGCGACUUCCACUUCAAGUCCCUGCACUUCCUGCUCACGGACGCCAUGAGGCUGGUGAAGCCGGCGGCGUGCAGGAAUGUUUACCGCGUGUCCAGCGGCGACUACGCGGCGGAGAUGGGCGCCGGAGUGAGGUUCGGUAGAUUCACCACGGCGCACACGGACCUGUCGGUGAAGGAGGACGUGGAGGGCGGGGUCUACUUCAACAUCACCACCUGCUUCUUCGUCAGUCUGGAGGGUUUCUGCGGCCUGCAGGAGGACGUCGCCAUCUUGUCCCCCGCGGAGGAGUUCACGGUGGUGGACGUCAAACAAGUCGACGACUACCAGGAGAUCGUUCUGAAACAUUCCAAAUUGGAGGCUUUGCACAACUGCUACGGUUUUUCACGGGCGACGAUGGCCCCGGUCGGCAAGGGGGCCGCAGCCGGCGUCCCCCGGGGGCUGGUGUUGGCCCUUGUGACCUUGCUGCUUUUUUCUUUAAACUGCUGACUCAGUACAGUGUUGCCUCGCCACUUCGCGGUUCACUUCCUACGAUCUAAAGUACCGUAAUUUCCGGACUACAGUGGGUCCGGGUUAUUUUUGCCUCCUCCCUCACUUAAAGUGUGAGUGAAGAAUGCACUACUGACCUGAUAAGUUAAAAAAAAAAAAGAGAUGAUACAGUAUUAUGUGCUCACAUAUGCUACCUGGUGGUUGUUUGAGCACACUGCAGCUAGGCCUCGAUGGUCCCACUUCUUAGAGCUUUAGUCACACGCAGGAUUCUCACAGGAAUGAGGCAGAAAUACAACCUUACCUACUGUAUAACCCGCUUUACUUUAAUCCCCACCUUUUAAUGCGCUUUAUACAAUGUUGUGGUUAUUUUAUGGAUUUCUCCGGGUUCACAAGCUUCACGUGCUGCCAACAAAUUUAGCUUUAUUACAUCAGACCAGUGUAAUUGCCCAACUGGCAACGGUGGACCAAUGAGAUUGUUCCCAUUACAUCAAACGCACUCACACAUCCAUUCAGUCAGCCAUUUAGCGCUUAAUGGACUCACCGUCAUCGUGGAGCAAAAACGACCGAUUGCAAGCAACGCAGCCCCAAAACCGAAGAUGAUCGACACAGGCCAUCGAAAAAGCAAAAGUGGCGCCGCACUAAUAGGCCCCAAAAAGCCAGACGGUGGAUGUAGACCGCGCUCAGUGACUACUGUAUGCCAUGGUACAGGCACUGUCUUUUGUUAAUGUUCAUGUUUCAAUGUGUACACCUGCGGUUUAUAGACAUGUUCGGCCAAUAUAUGUACAAAAUAAAAUGUGUCCAAAAAUUAGGUGGGUGCGGCUUAUAUGUAGGUGCGCUCUACAGCAAUCCUGGGCAAUUAUGUUUACAUACACUUGUAAGAACAUAAUGUCAUGGCUGUCUUGAGUUUCCAGUAACUGCAACUUUUAUUUUUUGUGAUAGAGUGAAUGGAGCACAUACUUGUUUGUCACAAAAAACAUUCAUGAAGUUUGGUUCUUUUAUGAAUUUAUUACGGGUCCACUGAAAAUGUGACCAAAUACCCAGCAAUACGUUUGGAGGAGAAAAAGUGAGGCUUUUAAUCCCAGGAACACCAUGUCUACCGUCAAGAAUGGUGGUGGUAGUAUUAUGCUCUGGGCCUGAUUUGCUGCCAAUGGAACUGGUGCUUUACAGAAAGUAAAUGGGACAAUGAAAAAGGAGGAUUACCUCCAAAUUCUUCAGGACAACCUAAAAUCAUCAGCCAGGAGGUUGGGUCUUGGGCGCAGUCGGGUGUUCCAACAGGACAAUGACCCCAAACACACGUCAAAAGUAGUAAAGGAAUGGCUCAAUCAGGCUAGAAUUAAGGUUUUAGAAUGGCCUUCCCAAAGUCCUGACUUAAACGUGUGGACAAUGCUGAAGAAACAAGUCCAUGUCAGAAAACCAACAAAUUUUGCUGAACUGCACCAAUUUUGUCAAGAGGAGUGGUCAAAAAUUCAACCAGAAGCUUGUGGAUGGCUACCAAAAGCGCCUUAUUGCAGUGAAACUUGCCAAGGGACAUGUAACCAAAUAUUAACAUUGCUGUAUGUAUACUUUUGACCCAGCAGAUUUGGUCACAUUUUCAGUAGACCCAUAAUUCAUUUAUAAAAGAACCAAACUUCAUGAAUAUUUUUUGUAACCAACAAGUAUGUGCUCCAAUCACUCUAUCACAAAAAAAAUAAGAGUUGUAGAAAUGAUUGGAAACUGAAGACAGCCAUGUCAUUAUUUUCUUUACAAGUGUAUGUAAACUUUUGACCACGACUGUAUAUAUAUAUAUACAUACAUCCAUAUAUAUAUACAUAUAUAUAUAUGUAAACUGUGAAAAUCUACUGUACAGUAUGUGUACUUACUACUUGGGUCCUAUUUAAAUAAAACGUUAUGACAGACCGCCUUAAAAAACAAAAUGGAAUUUUUACUUUUUUUACUGAAUAAGACACCCAGAAUGUACAUGGAAAUAAAGAAUGUGGGAUUUGCAAUAUUAACUAUGAACAAUAAAACACUGAAUAUUGACAACAUACGAACGUCACACCCCCUCUCGAUCGACAUAUUUUACAAUCAAGCGAAACGUAACAAAAAUGCAACAAACCAGCGAAAUAUGAACGUGAAGGGUAAAAAAAACAAAACACCUACAAUCUGAUACAUCUGAUGUAUCACUAAGCUUUAGAACUUUGUUGUAAAAAUCUCCUUCCGCGUCAGUCCCUAGAAACACCCCACCCACACUGCUUGGUGCCUCGUCUGAGCUGCUGUGACUUAGAUGACCAUAGUAACUAAUUAGAUUACCAUAGUAACUAAUUAGAUUACCAUAGUAACUUGUAUAUCAUGCAAAAGCGGGGAUUCCAACCAUUGAAAUACUUUGUAUAGUCCAAGACUUACGGUAAUUUAAAAUCAUAACUGCACGUCAUAAUGGCAGCUACAGUUUCCACCUUAAUGAUCUAAAAAAAUUAUUUGGGAAUGUCCGGUGUUGAGAUUUAAGUACCCGUUUAAGUUUUCAUAUUAAAACUACGUCUUUUUUAGAAUGUAUGCAGUGUUUUAAGAGCAUAGAAAGUGCUUAUAAGUGUGUGUGUGGAAGCUGUUUGGAGCGCUUAGAACGACUUUAAAUACGUACAAUAUUCAUAGAAAUCAUAAAAUAAGUGUCAACACGGCUCCUUUAAUGCGCUUAUUGAUGUGAGUCAAAUGUCUGGCAAAUUAUAGUCACAUCACUGCUUGUGUGUCAUAAAGUAUCAGGCCUGCAGUGAUUAAUCGAUUUGAAAAAAACUUUGAUUAUAUUGUGUUGCUUCAACUGAUCCUUUAUUGAGUGUAACUAAUAAAAAAUGUUAUCAAAUCCGGAUUGCAUUGGGGUGACCGGAACUUUAAAUACGCGUACACAGAUCCCGCAAUAGCUGUCUGUCAGCAUUUUUAUUUUUAUUUUUCCAUUUUUUUUUAAUUAAUACCCACAUGUUAAAAGUGAAAAUUCAAAGUUGUUAAUGUAAAAUUCAUGAAAACAAGACAAUUAUGGCAAGCAGAAAUGUUUUCGUUCAUUUCAAUAAUUUCCCCCUAGAAUACGCAUUGAGCCUAUAAAGUGUGCUGUAUCCGAUUACUCCAUUGACCGAAUAAACUAAUUGAUUGAUUACUUGAUUACAAAAAUAAUUGACAGCCGGAGCCUUAUAACAGUUUGUUGUAUUUACUAUGUACUGUAUGUGAUUCUUGCUUUUUUCAAAAUGUAUGACACAUCUUCACAGGUGCAUUCAUAAAUCCAACUAUAAAUAAAGAUGUGAUGCAUAAUUAAGUGGUUAUUCAGAAACUGGGGCGUUUUUUUUAAAUUUUUUAUUAGGAUUUCACAUCAAAGCCUAAACAGAAGCAUUACUAAUCAUAAUAAAUACUACAGCUAAUAGGGAUGUACCGAUCUGAUAUUGAUAUUGGGUGCAAAGAAAAGCCAAGUAUUGGAUGAUAUCAGCUUGCAUCUAAAAUGUCCGAUACAAACAUUCCUGCAGCUUGUUUUUUUAUUUUUUUAAUUAAAUCAACAUAGAAAAAAACACACGAUACACUUUCAACUAGUGCAUCAACCCCAAAAAAAACCCUCCCUCCCCCGUUCACACUCAUACACACCCACUCACACAAAAGGGGUUGUUUCUUUCUGCUAUCAAUAUUCUGGUUCCCACAACAUGGACAACACUUCUGCAAGGAACACAACACAGUCCCUGAAGCACACUUGAUUGUUUGUGCUGCUGGUCCACUAACAUUUUCAUUUAAUUACUAUUUUUUUUUCUUCUUUUUUCUCCUUUAUGUAAUUAUUUUUAUAUUGUUUUACUUUCUUUUUUAUCCAAGAAAAUAUUUAUUUAUCUUAUCUAAAAAAAUAAAAAAGAAAAAAAAAAAAAGAAAAAGAAAAAGAAAGAAAGGACCUUAUCUUCACCAGACCUGGUUGUAAAUGAAAUUAGCUUCGUUUAAAGGUUGUUUUUUUUAAAACCAGGUCCAGUCCAGAUAAUGUCCAAGUCGGGUCCAGCAACACACACCUUCAUUCAUGUACACUGAUAAAAAAAAAAAAUAA